CAAGGAGAUGAAAGCGAGAGUCCCAGAACACCUCUCUUCCCAGCGCUCCCGGCCCGGGGCGGAGCACUUGCCAGCCAAAUGAGGUGGGAACCUUGUACCCGGCGAGGCGCUGGAGGCGGGGCCCCGGGACUGUUCCCCCCGGGAGCAGCGGAGCUGCGCUGUGGGCCCCUCCCGGAUUCUAGCGGACCCCGGGCGCGGGCACUGAAGCGGGUGUGCAGUUAAAAGGCAGCUACCGAGCGGGCAGUCGAGCGGAGUGUUCGCGGGUCACCGGCUGCAGGCGCGAUGAGACCGGGAGAGGAGCGGCCCUUGGAGGGGGGCGCUUGCAGCGGCGUCUCCCAGCUGGAGCUGCUGAAGCUGCGCGCCGCGGAGCGCAUUGACGAGGCGGCCGAGCGCCUGGGGGCCCUGAGCCGCGCGAUCUGGAGCGAGCCCGAGCUGGCCUACGAGGAGCACCGGGCCCACGGCGUGCUGACGCGCUUCUUUGAGCGCGAGCCUCCAGCUGCCUCUUGGGCAGUGCAGCCGCACUACCAGCUGGCCACGGCCUUCCGCGCAGAGUGGGAGCCGCUGGGGGUCCGUGCGGCGCGGCGCCCGCUGCAGCUGGGCUUCCUCUGCGAAUACGACGCGCUGCCCGGCAUCGGGCACGCCUGCGGCCACAACCUGAUCGCCGAGGUCGGGGCGGCGGCCGCGCUGGGCGUGAAGGGGGCCCUGGAGGGGCUCCCCGGGCCGCCUCCGCCGGUGAAGGUAGUUGUCCUGGGAACGCCUGCAGAAGAAGAUGGUGGUGGCAAAAUUGAUUUAAUUGAAGCAGGGGCUUUUAAAAAUCUUGAUGUUGUUUUUAUGGCCCACCCAUCCCAAGAGAAUGCUGCUUAUUUACCUGAUGUGGCUGAACAUGAUGUGAUUGUGAAAUACUAUGGAAAAGCGUCUCAUGCUGCUGCAUAUCCCUGGGAAGGAGUAAAUGCAUUAGAUGCUGCUGUUCUCGCCUACAACAAUCUGUCUGUGUUGAGACAGCAAAUGAAACCAACCUGGAGAGUUCAUGGCAUAAUAAAAAGUGGUGGUGUAAAACCCAAUAUCAUUCCGUCUUAUUCUGAAUUAAUCUAUUACUUCCGUGCACCCUCAAUGAAAGAACUUCCAGUUUUGACCAAAAAGGCAGAAGAUUGCUUCAGAGCUGCAGCUUUGGCUACUGGGUGUACAGUAGAAAUUAAAGGUGGAGCACAUGAUUAUUACAAUGUUCUUCCCAAUAAGAGCCUAUGGAAAGCUUAUAUUGAAAAUGGAAAAAAACUGGGAAUAGAAUUUAUUUCAGAAGAUGCAAUGUUGAAUGGCCCUUCAGGAUCUACUGAUUUUGGAAAUGUUACUUUUGUGGUUCCUGGGAUUCAUCCAUAUUUUUACAUUGGAUCUAAUGCCUUGAAUCAUACAGAACAAUAUACUGAAGCUGCAGGGUCACAAGAAGCUCAGUUCUACACUUUGCGUACGGCCAAAGCUCUGGCAAUGACUGCGUUGGAUGUUAUUUUUAAACCAGAGUUGCUGGAGAGAAUCAAGGAGGACUUUAAAUUGCAACUUCAAGAAGAAGAAUUUUUAAAUACAGUAGAAUAAAAGGAAGACCUAGGAGCCACU